AUAAAUGUGCCGAUUGUGAGCCCCUAUACCUAAAGGAACUGGAGUUAGGGUUUGAUAUAUGGAUGUGCGCUAUGACUGACCCGAAUGCCCCGGCCCUGGAACGACAGUUGUCUAAUUUCAAUGGUCAUAUUAAUCCCAAUAUUGAGCUUUCUAAAUCGAUGUUUGGUGAUAAUGGAGUACUCAUAUAUCCGGGACAUCCAGAAACAGCGCCGAAACACAACCAAACAAUAGUGAAAGUUGUGAACAUCUCGUAUACGUGUGUUUUCAAUACACUAGACGUUGCCAUCACUUCCGUGCCGUUGGGUCUGACCAGUGAUGGCCUUCCGGUCGGCGUUCAGAUCAUUGGUAAACCCUUUAACGAUAGGCUGACCAUCGCUUUGGCCGAAGAGUUGGACAAAGGAUUGGGUGGAUGCACAGCACCGGCACCUGUUAUGUGU